AUGUCGAGCCCGCAGCAGUCCUCGUCGCAGCACUCGUUGGCGUUCCGGGUGAUGAGAUUGUGCCGUCCUUCCUUCCAGGUGGAGGAGACAGUCCUCCGCCUCGAUCCAUUCGACCUCUUUGCCGGCGAGGACCUCUUUGAUGAUCACCGCGUGCCAACCCACCUACUCGAUAAGGGAGUGGCCUCUGUCGCCACUGCCUCGGGCGAAGAACUCGGCAGUGCCUUCGAAGGCGAUUUCAGCUUUCGCGGCCGUUUCCAGCUCCAGGAUCCGACCGACGCCAUGGCUCUCCCAGGCUUCCUCAUGCUUCCUCAAUCCUUUGGGUGAGCCCCGGCACCUUUUGUUGCUUUGGGUUGAUCAUCCUCUUUUUUUGGCGCUGAUUUUGUCUGCCUUUCCUUGCCCGUGUACGUCGAUGUGCGCUCAGCGCGAUCUAUUUGGGGGAGACUUUCUGCAGCUACGUCAGCGUUAACAACAGCUCCAAUUUCGAAGCAAGGGAUGUCGUGAUCAAGGUAUUCUGAACUCUCCUGGGACCAGUCUAGACAUGGUAAUGCUUGGAUUUGUGAUCAACGAUGAGGUCAGAAUGCCGCACUUGUUCUUAUUGAUUGUCUAGUGUUCCGUCUUAGAUGGAUCUGAAGAGUACUAGGAGAGUUCCGUCUAGAGUUCCGUCUUUUUUGAAAAAAGAGCUUCCAUCAGGACCACAGGGUGGAAACCUCGUCACCUGUCAUUUUUCUCUCACUCCUAAUCUGCUAGAUGAGCCACAUUUUCAGCCAAAGCAUAUAGGGAGUAGCAUAGAAUGCAAAACAUACAAGACGAGUAGCAUUGAAAUCCGCGAUUAGCUCAGUCUUCGCCCUCUCAAUCAUUAGAAGGAGAGCUCUCUUUGGCCUUUGGAUGAUUAACUCUUCUUUCUCUUCCUGUUAUCUAAGUCAGCCUUGCAAGGUCGUGUGAUCUGCUGACUACCGCCACCUUUCGGUAAAAGGGAAGGGAUUUUUUUCAUGCUGAAUCUCUUACCUGGAUAUGACUAAUAUCGACAGUUCCAGGAAGCUGGAAACUCAAAAUGUGCCAAUGAGGACAUUCAAUAGGACAGAUAAGGUUAAAAUUUUUGGUAGACACGAUUAAUAAGAACUGAGAACAUGAUAGGUUACUGCAUUGGCUUUACUCAAACCAUUCCCUUUUUUGACUUAUAAGUAUUACUUAAUCAACGAUUGGUAGACUACUUCAGGGCCUAACGCUUAAUUUCAUUUAGUAGUUGGCUAGGAUUUUUUCCAGAAGUAAUUUUUCCAUCCUGUCCAUCAUCAUAUAUGCAGUCCUCGGAUGCGUUUCAUGCUAUUGGUCUCCAUAACGAGCGUAACUGGAAAACAAGGCUCAUAUGCAGACGAUGCGUUAAAAUGACACGUGAUUGGCCUAACGACUUCAUUCCCCUAUAACAUAGAUUAAUUUUUUACGAAAAUUAUAUUUACUUUUUUCUGGUGGAAAAUUAUGUAUGAUGCAGGCAGAAAUUCAAACGGAAAGGCAAAGAAUAGUCCUAUUGGACACUUCAAAAACACCUGUCGAAUCCAUAAGAUCAGGAGGACGAUAUGAUUUCAUUGUUGAACAUGAUGUGAAGGAACUGGGACCCCACACGUAGGUUACGUCUGUCAACUGAAUUUUUAUUAUUUACUUAAUGAAAACAUGUUUUGUCCAGUUCUACGGACUUAUUAAAUUAUUUCUUAUUUACUCUAGCCUAGUUUGCUCCGCUAUGUACAAUGAUGGAGAGAGUGAACGUAAAUAUCUCCCGCAAUUUUUCAAGUUUGUGGUUGCAAACCCAAUUUCUGUUAGAACAAAGGUGCUUUUCUUUGAACCUUCUGCAUCAUUUGUAGUGGAUUUUCACAUCCAUGUAUAGCAUGUUUUAGCCUGGCCUUAUUGUUGCUUUCCAUUUCUGCUUCACCUACUUGUAUCCUGUGCUUGAUGUUUGAUGCUAUCCCUUUUUGUGCAGGUGCGGUCUGUGAAGGUACGUUCAAGCUAGAAUAUAACUGGACUUUGGUUGUAAGUCCUCAUAAUCUGUGUUAUUUUUCUAGAUGGAUGAUCUGGUAUUGAGAGUUGAAAAAUAUGCAUAUUUAGAGUUGGCGCAUAUUAAUUAGACGACAAAAUAGAACUGAUUUUUUGUCGUCUUGAUCCAUCUGCUAUCAAGUUAUUAUGCAGGAAACACCAGAUUACUGCUUGCUGGUACAGAGUCCUAUGUAAAUGACGCUAUCAGAACUAUUUGUUGCGAGAAGCCGAUCACUUUUUAGGGGCUAUGUCACUCUUGCGCUUUCACUCGUGUCAGGGCAGAUCAGAUACUUAUUCGCAUAUGUGAGGAGACUGCAUACUAGAAGUUCCGUUCUUUUUUGAUCUUAGGGGAGAGAUGAAUGCUGUUACAUUGGAAAAAAAAACAGCCAACAUAGCCAUUAAGAAUCCCUUAAGUUGGCAUCUGUCAUUCAUCAUCACCCAAAUCCUACUAUCUUCUCCAAUCAAAUGCACAGGUAUUAAAUCAGUAUGUUAGCCAUUGAAGUGAUAUACUAUAGAUUUGAGUUCUGGUGGACCAUGGAAACGUUUUGUUGUUAAAGAUCUGAAGACACUUUGAAUGAGUAAAAUGUGUGCUUCUGGAAAUAAAAAUCCUGGAAAGGUGAAACCCACAUCUUCUCUGUAACUGUUUUGCUGAGAUCUACGUAGGGCGUACUAUGUAAGAUCUAUGUUAUGAGUUUAUCCGCUCAAACUCAUCCAUUGAAGAUCCUCAUGAAAUGGUUACCCUUUAUUUAUGUGUGUACACAGACAUGCAUGUCUCCGUUUUUAUGCAUGAUCUUGUUGGAUACUAUAUUUGUGUUAUUGAGAAACUCGUGUUCGUCCAAUACUUAUCUGACACCGCAUUCAUGUUUCUUUUGGAUCGUAUCCAGUUAGUUUCGCCUGUUACUAAGAUAUUCUUCUUAUUCAGGAGAAGACAUUCUUGGAGGUCUGCAUUGAGAAUCACACAAAAUCCAACCUACAUAUGGAUCAAGUGGAGUUUGAGCCGGCACAAACUUGGACUGCAACACUUUUAAAAGCCGAUGAUUAUUCUUCUGGAAAAGAUUCAUCGACUAGGUUGUGUGACCGUGAUCCCAAACUCGCUCAUGUGUAAAUUUUUUUGGUUAUUUUUCUCAGUGAUUGCGAAUCAUGCUGCCCUGAUUAUUAUCAUCUUUUUUCUGGGUUGUUUACUUUGUGAAUAGAGAAAUAUUUAGCCCUCCACUUCUCAUAAGAGCAGGCGGAGGGAUCCACAAUUUUCUCUAUCAGCUGAUGCAGCCAUUGAAUGAGUCUGGACACAUGAAGCUCGAUGGGAGCAAUGUUCUGGGGAAGCUUCAGAUCACGUGGCGCACAAACUUGGGUGAGCCUGGACGUCUCCAAACUCAGCAGAUACUUGGCACUGUAAGCAUACGCUCUGCUCUGCGUACUGGCCAUUCCCGCAUUCAUUAUCCUUAGGAUCUAUACUCAACAUUAUCCAUGAGCUGACAGCGAAAUCAACAUAUUUUCAUGAUACUUUGGUUUCAUUUUCAACAUUUGUAUAUGAACAUAUUCUUCUAUCACCAUCACCUUCUCUUUUGCAGGCUAUAACACGGAAGGAAAUCGAUAUCCAAGUCUUGGAUGUUCCAUCUACCAUCACCGUAGCAAGACCGUUCUUGGUAAAUCAUUUUUUAUGAUGAAUCUUUGCUGACUAAAAUUUAAAAAAUCGAAUCUCCGGCGUUGCACUUAGACGAUCGACCAAUGAUCAUUCACGCUUCCAUGAGACCAAUUCCUCCUCAUCGAACUGCCUAACCCCCCCCCCCCCAAAAAAAAAGAAUUUCAAAUCUUAGUGGAAUUGACGGUAUCUUGCAUCUUGUGUAUCCUUUUCACAGGCCAUGCAACUAACAUUAUAUCCUUUUCAGGUUCGUUUAAGGCUCAUGAACCAGACCGACAGAAGAAUGGGGCCUCUUGAGGUUUGUGUAUCCGAAGAUGAUUCCACUGAAGAGAGAGCAAUGAUGGUUAAUGGCAUGGAAAAACAGGUCUGCUCCCGUAGAAAAACUGUCCCCUGAUGUCCAUGGCUGAGCUUCUCUUGCUUUAUAUUCCGCACUGAUCUUUGAUCGCGAUAUGUAUAAAAUGGAUUUGUCUGUCAAUCCCUCUCCAACUCUGUAUCCUCUUGAUCCUCUUCUUCCGCAGAAUGGUAGGAUAUUUCCUUCUCAAGCAUGUUCACCCCGUGGAACUUCUUUCUACUUCUGCCCCAGCGUGGAAAUCUCUGAGGUUUUACACCUCUGCUUUUUCUCCAAUGCUUUGACUGGCUGCCUCGGGUCAACCCUCGUUUGACCCUCCUUGACCCUCUAGAUCCUCCCUGCUAGGCCAGCCGACCCUGCUUAGAGAGUCCAAAUUGGUCAACAUAGAGAGCCUUGAAUAUUUUUGCCUCUUUUAAAGGAGUUUAUUGUUAUAUUAUUAGUCGAAGUGGUAUGUCAAUCUUCAUAAAUUAAUGCCAUUUUUUUCUUCUUUCUCGACUCAUUCAGAUCUUGCCGCAGCUCGAGGCUUCCAGUUCCACAGAAGUUGAGCUGGUGAGAGAACACCCAUCUUUUAUCCCAAAAAUGGUCGUGGUUUCUUACUAUAAAUGGUUAUCCUGCUCUGAUUCCCCGCAUAGCUGCGGUUAUGUACCGCCUGUGCCAUUCCUCCCGUCACUGCUCCUUAGUGCCACGAACGACUGAGAUAUCUUUCUGAUGCACUCUCCGCAGAGUAUGAUGGCUGUUCGCAGUGGGGUCCAGAAGAUCUCAGGGAUCAAAGUCUCCGAUGCCCAGACUACGGAUCUUCUUGACACAUUGCCAGAUAUGGAGGUCAGUAGCAACGUUGACUUCACGCACUUCCACCCGUAGGAUUAUCAACGCCGCAGGCCGGGCCCGCUUCACCUUCUCGGGUUAUGCAAUCACUGCAGGUAUUUGUGAGUUCCCAUUGA